UCACACCUUUCCCGUCAACAAGCAACCUGACUCACUAAGGACUGGAAAUUUUAAGGGGCUAAUGCGACGACACCUUCAACCACCAUGGGCUACAUCAUCACCCUCAGCUCUCCUGCUUCACAUGCAGAUGUCCCUGCUAGUACAGGCCACUCUAGACGGCGGGAAAAUUAUCUCUGCAUCUCCAAUCUGCCAGCCAUGCCGCAUCUCUCACCUCAUCCGCCAAAUCACCCCGGCAAAUUCUCCUAGUUCGAGAUCACCCCGUCCGGCUUACCCCAGGACCCAGGGCCAUCAAUAGCGUCUCCCCGCAUCUCCCCGCAUUCUUCUCCAAUGAUUUACCCCAGGUCAUAAAAGCUGCUAAGUCCGACACUAGAGAUUAGAGGCGACGAGGUUCUCUUGCGGUUUUUGUCAAAUUCCUCCAAUCAAGCGUGUCAGGGCCCCGGCCGGCAACACUUUUCCAAGCGGUAU